AGCUGUUCACUUUUUAACACACUUUUCUCUCUCUGUCUUUCUUCUCUUUUCUCUCUCAACAAAGCCACGAAGCUCUUCUGCAUAUACUGAUCCACACAAAACCCCGAUUUUAGGGUUUUCAAAAGCUCCCGGCAUUCACAUUAUCCACUAUUUUUCCUCUCUUAUUGAAGGGAUAAACUGAGCUAUGUUCCCUGAACUGUGCGGCAUUGUGCUGCGGUGAUGGCAUUUUGAGUAAAUAAACUAUGAAACCAAGGGCGUGAUUGGAAUUAUCCAAUGGGAGUAGCCAAGGCGUGGAGGUUUAGCUUGAUAUCGGCCGACCUGGCGCCUUCACAUCAACAAAAUGGUAGCCACAGCCCCAAAAGAGGCGGCGGAGGCGGAAAGCACUACCACCAUUAUCACCACAAUCACAGUAACGAGUGGUGGAGAUCCUCUGCGACGCAGCAGCAACGCAAGAAGAUUCCAUGGUCGUUAGUGUGCGGAUUAAUGCUGUUCGUUUUAGGUUUGAUUUCGCUAUUUACAGGACAUGUGGCGUCUGAUCUUGAAUGGUACUCUCAAAGAUUGGUUAAGCGCAGCUUAGGCCGACUGGAUGGGGGUAGGCGUGAACAGAUUGAUAUUUGGGAUUCAAAGUACUCAAAGUUUUUCUAUGGAUGCAGCGAAAGAGGACGUAAUUUUGCUCCUGCCAUUCGUGAGAAGUCUUCAAAUGGGUAUUUGCUUAUUGCAGCAAGUGGAGGGCUUAACCAACAAAGAACAGGAAUAACUGAUGCUGUAGUUGUUGCACGAAUUCUUAAUGCUACAUUAGUUGUGCCAGAGUUGGACCAUCAUUCCUAUUGGAAAGAUGAUAGUGACUUUGUCAACAUCUUUGAUGUUGAUUGGUUCAUUUCCUACCUUGCAAAAGAUGUGACAAUCGUCAAAAGAGUUCCUGAUAAAGUCAUGCGAACAAUGGAAAAACCUCCAUAUACCAUGCGUGUACCAAGAAAAUCACCCCCUGAGUAUUAUCUAGAUCAAGUUCUGCCUAUACUAUUGAGAAGACAUGUUGUUCAAUUGACAAAGUUUGAUUAUAGACUUGCAAAUAACCUUGAUGAGGAAGAGCUACAAAAGUUGCGCUGCCGGGUUAAUUAUCAUGCAUUAAGAUUUGCAAAAUCAAUACAAGAUAUUGGUCAAGGACUUGUUAUGAAAAUGAGAAAGAUGACUAGUCGUUUUAUUGCAGUUCACUUGAGGUUUGAACCUGAUAUGCUUGCAUUUUCUGGAUGCUACUAUGGUGGCGGUGAAAAAGAAAGAUUUGAGCUUGGUGAAAUAAGAAAGAGAUGGGAUACAUUACCUGAUUUAAGUGCGGAGGAAGAGCGAGCAAGAGGGAAAUGUCCACUUACUCCUCACGAAGUGGGAUUGAUGCUGCGCGCACUUGGAUUUGCUAACGACACAUACAUCUAUGUUGCAUCCGGAGAAAUAUAUGGCGGAGAAGAGACUCUACGGCCACUAAGAGAACUCUUUCCGAACUUCUAUACAAAGGAGAUGCUCGCUAAUGAGGAACUAAAGCCUUUCCUUCCAUUUUCUUCCCGCCUGGCAGCCAUCGACUAUAUUGUUUGUGAUGAAAGUGACGUCUUUGUCACCAACAACAAUGGAAAUAUGGCCAAGAUUCUUGCAGGCCAAAGGAGGUAUGCAGGGCAUAAGAGGACCAUCAGACCAAAUGCUAAAAGGCUUAGUAAAUUAUUGAUGGUAAGGAAUAAGAUGGACUGGGAUACAUUUGCUAAAAAAGUGAAAGCGUGCCAGAGAGGAUUCAUGGGCGAGCCAGAUGAGAUGAGACCUGGGCGAGGUGAGUUCCAUGAAUAUCCAUCUUCUUGCAUCUGUGAGAAACCGUUCAGUAAUGAUGAAAGCGGCAAGGACGAAGGUCACUUGUUACACCAAGUUCCUAUGAACUCAAAGGAAAAUGUUCAAUCGAAGUAUUUUAAGGAGAAUCCAGGUGAUGAAAGCCUAAGAAUCUCAAAGAAGAGAAGCAUGGAAGAAGACCCAGUAAAUCUAACAGAUGCUGAAGAUGAUGAUAAAUUUCCAGACUAGGGGAGCAGAAGCCAUUGCUGAUAUAUGCUGUGGACAAAAACAAUUAGAUUGAUAUGCAAGUAUCUGAUAUAGUAAUGGCUCAGCCUUUUCAUCUCUUCAACUCGCCAACCUUCUGAUGCUGGCACUAAAUUUUAUUGGCCAGCAGCAUAACUUAAGCCUGCUCAACUGUGAUUGCUGGUUCCGUUCAGCAUCUCUGGUUGCAUCAGUGAACGGAUUGGAUAUAUGCACAGAAGGGGAUCCGCUGAUGAGUUGCAAUUGUUCAUAGAUAGUUUUGAUUAGUUACACGUUUUAGAUAUGCAAAAUAUUAAACUUGGCCAAUGUGUACCCUCAUUUUCUCCUUUCCCAAGGAUGCGGUUCAGAUUUGAUACGUGAAACAGUUACUGAUAGCUGAAAAUGAAAGUAUUUUAGUAGGGUUUGACGGCAA